AUGGUCGGUCCACCCGUCAGCACCCGCGAUCGCCUUCGUCACCAGCACGUCCCGUUGAUCUCGCCUCCGGACGAGGACAUAGUCCAGCAGGUGCCACUGACGCGACCGAGGAUGCCUCCAGGUGGCCUUCUCUCGCACCGGCAGACAGAAGAAGUUAUUCGUCAGGGUGAGGCGGUGUUCUGCGCAGGUGCGGAGGAGAAGCAGGCCGUUGUCGUUGGAGCCGCGGAGACCGUGGGGACCCAGCACUCCUCUCCAGGCAGUAUGGUCUGUGCCGACGCGGGCGUUGAAGUCACCAAGGACAAUCAACUUGUCCGCCUUCGACACAGUCGCCAAGAGGAAUUUGUCUCUGACGGCGUCAGGGUUGGUCAUCGUCGGAGCGUAGGCGCUGACGAUGGUGGCGAAUUUGCCUCCCCAGAGAGGCAGGCGGAGGCUCAUCAGGCGAUCGUUGAUGCCCUGCGGCAAACAGGGCAGUCGUCCCACGAUGUCGGUCCGGAUGGCGAAGGCGACGCCCGCGUCUCGUCGCUCUGCCCUGGGUCGGCCACUCCAGAAGAAGGUAUAACCGGCACCCACCUCCUCCAGUUGGCCUUGUUCGGAGAAUCGCGUCUCGCUGAGUGCGGCGAUGUCCACCUUGUAGCGCGCCAGUUCUCGUGCCACUAG